GCGUCUGCCAAAGAAGCGUAUGUCUGCACGUUCACUGCCGCGUCUCUCGAGCCAACGCACCCACUUUCUGCAUCACACUCUUCGCUUGCGCUAGACGUGCAUAGUGAGUUCCGCACUUAGACACAUGCAAACACCCAUCCGCUCGUAUCAACAUACAUCCUGCGACGACACUUUAUCAACAGAGCACCCCACAUUCUCUUCAAACAAGCAAGCGGCUCUUCUUCGCUGACGUAAACCUGCUUUCAGCCAAGUGCAGCCACAAGUGUCUGUGAAUACCCCUCUCUCUCUUACUCUAGGGCAUCACCGCACAACCCAGGACAUCUCGUUUCAUUAUUUGAGCCACCCCAUUGCACGGGCUUCUGUUCUAAGGUUGCCCCCCCUGUUUAUCUCAGAUUUACAAUUGCAACAAAAAGAACUCGAAUGCGCCCCAGUUCGUCUCUCUCCUCCUCAACCGGAGGCUCGACUCCACUGUUGGGUCGCAGGCAGUCCAUUGCCGAUUUAAAAAGACCACCGUCAUCACGCGGCUUCCAGUCACAUUCACCGAAAUACCUGGGAACACGGUCCCGGCCAGGCUCCUCUCUAGGCAGCCGCCCGCUGACUCCGGUACAGCGCCAGGAGGCGUACACAGGCACGGUCAAAGUGAGCAUCCGGCCGAAUCCAUGCUCCAAUUCAUCUCUGACCAAAACCCCGAAUUGGCUCAUCGACGAGCACUCGAAUGCCAUCACCAACAGCGCAGACGCCACGUCAUAUGUUUUCGACAACGUCUUUCCCGCAUGUAGCAGCGUGUCGAACCGCAGCGUGUACGACAAAUCGUGUGCGCACCUCGUGCACAGCUUCCUCAACGACGGGUUCAACUGCACGCUCUUUGCCUACGGCAUGACUGGAUCCGGCAAGACGUAUUCCAUGCGAGGCGAGGAGCAUGACCCCGGGUUCGUGCGUCUUGCCAUCGACGACAUCUUCGAGAAAAUGGGCGCCGAAAGCGCGUCCAAGAAACACGUGCUCGCGGUGUCAUACCUCGAGAUCUACAACGAGAAAAUCAUCGACUUGCUCGGCCAGGUGCCGCUAGCACAGCUGGACCUCAAGAUCCGCGACGACCCGGAGUAUGGCACCAAAAUCGUCGGCAUCCACUCGCCCACGGUGGCGGACAAGCAGCAGCUCCUUCAGCUCAUCAAGACAGGCGACGCCAAACGCAAAACAAGUGCAACAGACUACAAUGCCCGCUCGUCGCGCUCGCAUGCCAUUUUGCAGCUCCGCUUGCAUACUGUGGACAAGGUGGCCCGCAACGAAGUGCGCUGCACGCUUUCGCUCUGUGAUUUGGCGGGUUCCGAAAGGGCCACUUCCAGUGCAGAAAGGCGAAAAGAGGGGGCGUUCAUCAACAAGUCGUUGCUUGCGCUUUCGACGGUCAUCAACAAGUUGUCGCUCCUCCUGACGUCCGCCUACAUCUCGGGCAUGGAACACAUUCCGUAUCGAGACUCGAAGCUCACGAGGCUCCUCCAGCCGGCGCUCUCUGGCCUGUCUCUAAUUCUGAUCUUAUGCACGGUGCACCUAGGAGCCAGUCUGAGUGCGGCGGACCAGCAGAUCGUCACGGAAACCAACAAUACCCUUCGUUUCGCCGCACGUGCCAAGGAUAUAGUGUUGGACGUGUCGAAGAACAAGAAACUGGCGCUUUCCUCGCAGGAUUCGGCCCGCAUCAUUGACGAGCUCCGGCAGACAGUGGAUGCACAGAAACAACAGAUCCACCAUCUCAAGCUGGGCCAGCAGUUUGCGUGUGCUUCUCUGCCCUUGGGGAGCAUGGACGAAAUUCCCAUUGACCGCAUAGCCAUGGCGGACCUCGAGGCCCAAAUCAAGGUGCAAAACGAGCGGAUCGAGCACUUGAACCGCUUGAACGACUUGCAGAAAACAGAGACGAUAUUGCUACGAAACGACGCGUUGAACGACAUACUAGGCGUGGACAUCGAGAAGGGCUCGCCGCAGAUGAUGAUGUCCAAUUUGGAGGAGUUCUAUAACCGCGUGAACUACGAGAUGGAGGAGCACAAGGCGUAUAUCUCUCAUUUGGAAAAGCAGCUCCGCUCGGCGCACCUGAAACUCGCCAGUUACAACAAGCCUUCCGUGGCACAGGCCCCCUCGGAGCCUCAUUUGCAGGAGCUUUUGAAAGAGCAAGAGGAGGAGAUCUGGCAGCUCAGGGAGACCAUCAAGGACAAGGACCACAUCAUCCACAGUCUCACGAAAACCUCGAAGUUGCGCCGGUUGGUGGACUCGAGCUCCACAGCGUCGUCUGAGUUCUUGAAGCGCCCCAGUCUCUCUGCGCCUGUGCGGGCGUUGGCCAAUAAGGAGAACAAUGCGCCCCAAGACUCGGACCGCAACAUGAGCCCUGCCAGAGCAGCUCUCCACUGAUGGUACGUGGGGAUUUGGUAUAUUGUUUAUUUGGUAAUGUCACAGGAGUUCUGGACUGGCCUGGAGUCAACAGGCCCCGGUGUAGGUUUGAGUCGAAGAUCUCCAUGGAAUGGAGUGUCUUGCGAGCCGGGAUUCCCCAAUGUAGGACCAGCUCGUGGUUUGGAGGGCACGCCCGCGAGGAGCCGAGGCAGAGCACGGCAUGCGUCACGGAGCGCACCGGGCUCGGGAUGCGUAUAAGCAAAGAAAGCCGCCUGGCAGGAUAUCUCACGAAGAGGCCCGCGACGCUAGGGCUACGCCCACGAGUUUGUCGGUCUAGCCUGCCCGCUCUGGAGAUGG